UAGACAUUGUACAUCAAAGGUAUAUAAAACGACAGGAGUCGCACCACAUACAAUUAUAUACUUAUAAAGAUGUCAUUUCUAAUAGAGAGUAUCUGUAUAAUACUAUUAAGUAUUACAGUAAAUGGUCUUAUUGAGGACAAACCCAUGCCACGAUUAUUAUAUGAAUGUUUCUACAACCAAACCAGAAAGUUUGAUAUAACUACAAAACCGUCUUACUCUGUGUUUACCCAUUGUCGAAAUUACUACUGGACAAAGACAGCCGCGGACAGAUAUAGUGUAAAUAUUGACCCAAGUGUCUUUACUUAUGUGGAAAGAUUAGAAAAUAAUCUGUUUAACCACAGACAGAAGAGACAGGCGACCCAAGGAGGGCCGUUCCAGAGAAGGAUAAGGAAAGAAAUUCGAGCUAUGACAGAUACAGAGAGACAGGCAUUUUUCAAUGCUGUCGUACAACUCAAACUUGAUACUAGUGUGCGACCCAAUAUAUACGACGCCAUUGGAGGUCUACAUUCAGCUAAUGCUGUACAAGCGGCCCAUUUUGGACCUAAUUUCCUGGGAUGGCAUAGAUAUUACUUAUAUAUAUUUGAAGAAGCACUGCGGACCAAAGACCCGGAUGUUUCACUUCCAUACUGGGACAGUACCAAGGACUUUAACAUGCAGCUGGACGACCCUAUCGACUCUAUUGUCUGGACGGCCAGAUUCUUUGGAAAUGGAGAUGGCAUUGUAGAUUCUGGACCAUUUGCCAACUGGAGAGAUCCAACAGAUGCGGUUUUACAGAGAAAUAUUGGAAGUCCUGGUUCCCUAAUGACACCUGAAGGGAUACAGGCCGUUUUGUCACAGAGGUUCCAUAGAGAUAUAACACAACCAACAUCGGGAGCUAAUAAUGACCUUGAAGGUCACCAUAACAACGUCCAUGCUUGGAUAAAUGGUCACAUGGGUGGAUUAACAAGUAGUGCGUAUGAUCCUCUAUUUUUUCUGCAUCAUUGCUACAUCGAUUACGUAUGGGAACUUUUUAGAAGACAACAAUUUCAACAAGGUCUCAAUCCACAAUUUGAUUACCCAAACACUGGAGUUGAUGGUCAUUGGCCUUGGUCAAGAAUGGUAAAUUUAGGAAGAAUACGCAAUGUUGAUGGUUAUCAUAAUGCCUUUAUGAGGAUAUAUGAAUACGAAAGAUCCCCUGAAUGCCCUGAUUGCGGGGAUUCGCCAUAUUUAGAAUGCGAUGCAACACGACAAGUAUGUGUGUCAGUUUCAGCAAGGGCAUUCCGAACGAAUGGUCCGCAAUUACCUACCGGAAAUACCUUCGGAGCACCCGUUGCAUCUAUGAUGAGAAGUAACGAGAGAAUGGCUUUCAGCAAUGACCCUCUAGAAAAGACACUUGACGUACAACAGAAGUUUGUACCUUCAAGUAUAGAUCCCAGGACGAUUGAAAAACAAGUUAACAGAGUCAAACGUGCAGUAUAUAACCCAAAACUAGCAGCAGCAAAAGCCGAAAUGUUACACCCAGCGGGUAACCAUGGUGUAGGCUUAUCAGAGAGUAGCAUUUCAAUUAGAACUCCUUUUGGUAGAAUUAAAACAUCAAUGUCAGAUAUCACUGGUACAUCUCCAGGAUUUGACCAUUUAAAUGGCGGAAACGUUUACCCAGAUCCCAAUUCUUCACAAAAUGGAAGAAACUAUUUUAGCGAUGUCAGAUCCCCUGUUGGUGGUUCGAACAUGGGAGGUAUGCAUUCUAAUACUGGUCAAGCACAGCACAAAACAGUUAUGUCAACUUCCGAAAUGAAAGGAUUACCAACAAUAGCUAAGAGAAGAGGUAAAACUUCAAGUGCAACCGCCUUUAACAUUCUGGUAGACAAUGACGAAAUUGUAGAAAAAAGUAGAUUUAUCGAUUUGCCUAUGCAGAAUACCUUUGCAAUGGAUGGGAUCUCCGAUGUUGGGCGAUGGGCUUUUACUCCUGUCAGAAUUAUACACAAACGUCCACCUGGUUCGUCUUUUGACUGUAAAAUUAUAAAAAACGGACGCGUUUCGGAAGGCGCUGACUUUUAUUCUCCGUCUAAUUAUUUAAAUCUUCAACAGCAACUAAGAACUGGAUCACCAGCUUCGUAUCCCAAAGCAGUUAGAUCUGGGUCUGGGGCAUCGAAAGUUUUUGUUCAAGCUGAUGGUGUUUCAUACGAAGGAAAGUAUAUUGAUUAUGCAAUCGUAGAUGAAAGACAGCCUAUAUCUGAGACUGUAACAUAUGUAGCAAUUAAACACCCAAAACUCGGAUCAAGUCAAUCAUAUAUCACAGCCUAUGACGCCAACGGACGAAUCUGUCAACCACGUUGUUUGAUUUCCGGAUCAAGCCCGCCAAAAUAUAAGAUCUGUUCUGGACUUAUUUCUGUUACUGAAUCCUUACCGAAAAUGUACGGAGAUACGUACGGGGAUGCAGUAAUGAACAGGUAUUCAUUUGACAGUCAACAUUGUCCAACAAACAAAGAUGACGAUAUAUUUCUGACAUUUUACUGUGAUUAUGAAAACACGUGGCCAUGGGUUGGAUAUCCUCAUCUGUAAAAAUGUGACGUUUGAAAAGGGACGAAAUGAGCUUGUCGAUAGCUAUAAUGUUGCUAUUUAAAAUGGUAGACGAUAAUUGCGAAAGACUUUACGUCGUGUCUCCUAUCUCUUGAAAUAAACACAGGUGGCCUGUUUGGCUUAGAAAAAACAUUCAUUUACUGUACUAAUGAAAAUCUAUAAAAUGAAGCCAACCACGUGUUGAACAUUAUCUUAAAUCUAUGUUAAUUUUUUUUCAAAGCAAUUGGACAACUCUUUAUGUGUUGAUCUGGACUUUAAUCAAACGGUUUUUAAUCAACUGCUUUGUUUAAUGAUUGUAUUUCCUCUUUUGUCAUAUUUUCUUUUUUGUUUAGGAGGUUAUUAUAUAUUUUUAUAUUGUGUGAUAUUUCAUUGUGUAAUGAAUAGGAGGGGAUAAGACAGUAACUUAGCAUCACGAAAACUAAAUACUUUCUUUGAAGAGCUUUAUUUGAUUAUUUAUCUUUAACUUACUGUUCUUUUUCUGUAAUUUGGAAAAUGAUAACUGAGAACCUUGACAUUUUCAAAAUGAACUUCUUAAUUUUUUGUAUAAUAUAUUAUAAGCGAAAUAUCUCUGAUUUUGCUCUUGUCAUUUUUCAUAUCCAUGCUAUAAAACAUACUUUGAAAUUUUUAACUUACUCAAUAAUUUUGUAAUGUCUGUUAACGGUUACUUUACUAUAACAGCAAAAAAUAUGCCGUAUUAUCAGUAAAGGUAUAAAGCUAUUUUAUAAGACACAAAUUAGUAAUUUCAUUCAAAUUCCAUUAUGUUAUUUAUUCAUCAAUCAUUAUGUAAAUUGUAUUUAGUUUUUAAUUUAUUUAUCAUUUAUUCAUGUAUUACACUCAUGAAAAUUUGAAAUAAACCAGGAAAGAAUCCUAAUUAGAUAUAUUCAACGUGA